AUGUCGGAAAAGCAAGACCGCAUAAAUGGCGUUCUUGUCCAGCGUAUUUCACAGCUAGAGGACGAGCUUCGUGAUGCACAGCAGACCAUUUCUUCUGCACUAGGCGAGAAGCUGCGUGCAGAGAACGAAAUAAAGUUGUUGAAGGAUGAAGCAUUCGAGGUUGUGGAACAGUGGAGCGCCGAGAACGCAGAGCUGCGCCACAAGCUUUCAAAUAUAGAGAAAGAAAGUGCAGCAGAUAAGGCUGCCCUCAAAAAUCGUGAUGACGUUGUAGCGUGCUUGAAAGAAGAGCUGGAUGUCGCGCAGCGCCUCACUGAGCAAUACGUUAAGGAUGCUCAGGAUUAUGAAGAAAGGCAGCGCAACAUGGAAAAACAAAACACGGAGUUGAUUGAAAGCUUGGCCUCCUGCCAAAGUGACCUUGCCUCCUCUGCUCUGCGUGUAGCAGAUUAUGAGCAUCUUGUAACUAAGUUUCAGGGCGAGCUAAAUGACAUGCUAGCGUUGCGAAAAAAGGAUUUUGAAGCGCUCGAAUGCCUGCGAUCAUCGCUUGCGCAGGCAACCACAGAAAAUCACGCUCUCCGUGAUGCCGGUGAGAGCGUGUCAUCUAGCAUGGAGUGCUUACUCGAGCGCGUAGCCAAGCUCAAAGAAGAAAACGAAUCACUUCGAAGGAGCACUGAUCGACUUCUUUCUGCGAAAGAUGAUCUGGUGCGACAACUUCACCACCACUGCGAAGAGCAUAAGAGAUUAUCUGAGGAAGUGGAGUCGCUCUCUGCGCGUCUUGCGGCUUCGGAGGAGGAGGUACACCAGCUCCGAGAAAAGUGCGAACGUGUAGAGAAACAGUUUGCAGCUGCAACCUCUGCACUGCGAGAGUCUCAGACUACCGCAGAGCAGCAGCUACAGCUGAUUCAGACACUGGAAAAUGAUGCUUUAGAGAUGAAAGAUAUAGAAAUAACAAGAGGAAAGGUGCUGUGUGAUUUGCAGGCUGAACUACAUCGUUUAAGUCAGCAACUUGAUGAGGCAUCAAAGCAGAAGGAGGACCUGGAGACAGAGUUUACUACGGUGAAAGAGAGCUACGCAGCAACUCUAUUGGAAUUCGAUAACCACAAGCAGACAAGCUGUAGCGCCUUCGCUAGGCUGCAAGAUGAGUUUGCAGCCUUCAAGCGCGACUCAACAGAGAGGUGCAUGCUUGCCGAGCAGAACUGUACCUCUGCAUGGUCGUCGGUGAAAGAGCUGACUGAAGCUCUACGAUCACAGCAGCUUUCGGAGCUUACUCAAAGAGAGCAGAUUUCGCGCAGCUCAAUCCUUCUGGAUCACCAAGUCCUGAUCACUGGUGUGUUUGAGCAGCGUUUUCAUGUCGUACUGUUUCAGCUCUCUGAUAGGUAUCGGGCUCUUGAGCAGGCCGAAGAGCACCUUCGGCAAAAUAAACUGAACGCAGCAAAAACAGCAGAGCAGAUAAACGCACUUUCUAAUCGUUGUUAUAUCAGUGAGCAGACAGUAAUCGAGCAACGCAAGACGUUGUCGAUGCUUGAAAGUCAGCUCAGUCAAAGCGCGGCGCAUCUCAAAGAAGCCAUACUUGAACGUGACACAUUUUCAAAGGAGAACGUUUGGCUGAGAGGCCAAGUGGAGGCCAUGAGACAAGAGCUGGGGGAGCUCGACGAGCUCUUAAGCACAAAUCUCAAUCAGAUGCGUGAAGAAAACGAACGACUUCAAGUAGUGAACGAAUCUCUGAAGCACGAUAUCGUCGCUGCCGAUCAGAAAGAGCAAGAAGCUGCUGUGCGGAUUACUGCCUUAGAGGUAAAUGUCGGUGACCUGGAGGGUGAACUUCGCGCACAAACGAAGACGUUGGAAAUUACAGAAGCAGAAUUGCAGGCACUGAAAGCAAAAGUUGAGAAUUUCUCCACAUCAUUAGACUUUUCUAAAAGGAGAUAUGAGGAGUUGGAAGCUGUCAACAUGGAGGCAGCACAAUCCAACUCUGCCUUGGCACUGCAGGUGGCACAGCUACAGGAGCGCCUUGGCUGCCAGGACUCUAAGUUUUCUCUCAUAUUGUCUGAAAAGCGAAGGGAAGCUGAGAGCUUGAAAAUGAAACUCAACACAUAUGUUGAGAAGUGCGAAAAGUGCGAGAUGCUGCUUCAUGCGGAAAGUAAAGCUAGAAAGGAAGUAGAAAACGUAAGUGUGGCAGCAAAAGAGCAAAAUGCAAAGCUGCGCAGCACAUUGGAUGAGCUUAAGACUCGCUGUGCAAGCGACGCCUCAACUCUCAAAGAACUUUUGGCUGAGCGAGAUGAUCUUAUUCGCGAUCGCGACAUCAUCGUUGAAAAGUACAACAAGCUUCACGAUGCUCUCCGGUGUGUUCGUAGGGAAGCUCACAGCAAGGUGGCCGACGAGCUCAAGCGGGUCAUGGAGCUGGCUAUGUCACAGGAAACGGAGUUGCAGAUGUUGCGACAGCAAAACACAAUGCUGAAAAAGAGUAUCUCAAUGUUUGUUGAUUCAGCUCAACCAAAGGCUGAAGCUGUUUUCAUGGAAAGACUUAAUCUCACUGAAGGUCCUUUACGGCACCCCAAAAAGCGCAGCGCUACAGGUACUACUGAGCAACAGUAA